AUGGAGAGAGAUGAUGGCUACACCAAGCUUCAGCAGCUACCUUGCAGCGACAACUUCAGCUUGGCCGCCUCCUCUUCAUGGCCGUCGCCACAGAUAAGGUCGUCGUCCUCCGCGACGUCCCACAUCUGCGGGUAUUGCAAGAGGGAGUUCAGGUCAGCACAAGGGCUGGGAGGUCACAUGAACGUCCACAGGUUGGACAGGGCCAGGCUGAUCCACCACCAGUGCUCCUCACACCACCAUCUAGCUCUUGCUGCUCCCCCUCCAAACCCUAACCCUAGUCGCGCAGUUGUUGAACUCAUGAGCUCAGGUUGUCGCGCGCACGGUGCUGCCAGCGAUGGAGGCUCGGCUGUGCCGCCAGCGGCAAAGCCGGGCGUCUGCCGUUUCUCCUUGGCAUCGUCGUCGUCCGCCUUGACAAAGGACAUCGAGGCGAUCAAGAACUUGGAGUUGAGGAUGGGAGCGUGCAGCCAUGGCGACGACGCGGAAGAGCGUCUGGAUCUAGAGCUAAGACUUGGCCACUCCUGA